AUGCUGCUAGGUAGGGGAAGAAAUGGAGAUAAGAUGUGAUAUAACUGCAUUAACUACUUCCCACACCAACGGAUUGCCUUUUUUAUUAAUUAUGUACAUGGUUCUGUUCAUGAUUAUUCUGAAAGUGUUGGGCCGAUAUACGAUAACUAGACACUAACCAAUAUUUUGCUUCACCAAUAUUAUCGGCCAACAUAUCCCUAUCGGUCGAUAAUUCCACCAAUAAACGAUAUUUAAUAAAUAGGAUGAAAAAGGGGAAACUGAUGAUUAUCUGACCACAUGACCUGACCACAUGUGGAAUGUGACCAGGCCAACGACAAACUGGUUAAAUGUAUUGUUGAAUAAAGAGGGGUAGAGAUGCACCUGCAGGUGAGAGAGUAAUACUUUUUUGCAGUUUGAGUACAUUGAAAAAUUGCAAAAGCAGUAUGAAUACAGAGUAAAGCUUUUCUUAUGUCCAUACCACAGGCUAUACUCAGUGGCAAGACAUCCUCAAAGUGGUUGAAAGUGUACCACAAACUAAAUAAUCUAGUCGUGGACACCUACUUUGAGUGUACCAGUAUCUUAAGGACCUAGUUCAGAAAGGCCCUCACUGCCAGGCUCUACCAGACUUGGAGGAAGUCCCCCUAAUCCUGGGGGGGUUACUAAGGACCUAGUUCAGAAAGGCCCUCACUGCCAGGCUCUACCAGACUUGGAGGAAGUCCCCCUAAUCCUGGGGGGGUUACUAAGGACCUAGUUCAGAAAGCCCCUCACUGCCAGGCUCUACCAGACUUGGAGGAAGUCCCCCUAAUCCUGGGGGGGUUACUAAGGACCUAGUUCAGAAAGCCCCUCACUGCCAGGCUCUACCAGACUUGGAGGAAGUCCCCCUAAUCCUGGGGGGGUUACUAAGGACCUAGUUCAGAAAGCCCCUCACUGCCAGGCUCUACCAGACUUGGAGGAAGUCCCCCUAAUCCUUGGGGGGUUACUAAGGACCUAGUUCAGAAAGCCCCUCACUGCCAGGCUCUACCAGACUUGGAGGAAGUCCCCUUAAUCCUUGGGGGGGUUACUGCCAGAGGUAAUAGAAUGUCAGAUAAAUCAUUGCCAAUAGUUGAGAAAAGUGGGUGUUGUUGAAGCACAUUAAGAUGUGGGACAACCACUAGUGUUGUAGUAAGCAAAUGAGAACUACAUGCUGGUAUUGCUGUAGUUCUUUUGUUGCCGAGUAUCAAUAUAUUAUGAUUUCCGACUAGGUUUCUAUUGGUUCACAUAAAUUUAGGUCUUUUCUGCCAGCACCUGCUGCUCGUUGAGAAGAGUAAGAACGAUACGUGCUUUCACGUCAGUCUCCAAUAACACCAGAAAAAAGUCGCUAGAUUUGUCGCUAGUCGCUUUUUUUGAAAAUGUGUCGCUAGAGGGGUCUGAAAACUCGCUAAAUAUAGCGACAAAGUCGCUAAGUUGGCAACACUGCUUGCAGGUGCCUGUUAAAGGCACUACAUGGUCAAUCCGAUAUCUGCAUUUACGGUGAUACGGCCUCUGCAGAAGUCAGGGCAUUCUUACUUCUUGCGCUUUGCGGAGCAACGCAGAGCUGUUGAGCAGAGCUGUUGUGAAGAAAGUGAGUUUGUGUUUAUACAGGACCUCCCGCCCCCGCCCCCACCUACCAUCAACCAAUCAUGUCAAUGCGGCGCUAUAUGGAGCCCACUGAAUUCUUACAACAUUUGGGAGGCGCACGGCGAUGCGGUACAGAGCUCAGUUUGGCCUCUGCGUGCCUCCGGAGGCGCCACAAUUGCGUCACACCCUCCAUACGGAGUCUCCGACCACAUUUUCAGAUCAAGCAUAAAUUGGCUCUUAGUCGUAGCAACAGUAACUAUGGGGCGGAGUUGUCGGAGAGAAGCAGCGAAUCAGCAACAAAAACGUUUAUUUGUGACGCAGAUCGGCGCGACAGUCAGUCAGAUUCGGCAGUCAGAUCUGGCGUCGACAACAGUCUUUAUUCAUUCUAUGGCUCUGGAUCUAUUUAAGCAAUAAUGCCAGAGGGGGUGUGGUAUAUGUUCUUAAGCACGACGCAACGUGGAGUGCCUGGAUACAGCCUUCAGCUGUGGUAUAUUGGCCAUUUACUACAAACCCCAGAGGUGCCUUAUUGCUAUUAUAAACUGGUUACCAACGUAAUAAGAAGAGUAAAAAUAAAUGUUUUGUCAUACCCGUGGUAUAAGGUCUGAUAUACCACGGCUUUCAGCCAAUCAGCAUUCAGGGCUCGAACCACCCGGUUUAUAAAUCUGUUUAUACUAUGGCAUUGUUGAAUACUCCUUUCUGAUUGGCUUGAAGGACAUUCUAGAGAGUGCAUUAUUUCCCUAUAAUGCACUGUAUAUUUGCAAGGUAGAAUUCAAUGGCUAUAGUUCAUUUUUACAUGUUUUGUUUGAGCUGCUUUUGGAAGCAAAAGUCCAAUUGAAAACAGUAUUGGUAUUGUUGAAUUUGAUUUCCAUAAUAGCAAGUUAGGACUGAUGGUUUGGUUAGUAAACUAGCAAGUCUGUUUGUUUGGUUACCACAGCAACUAUUAUAGCUAUCUGGUGAACUUGCUAGCAAUUUCUAGCUGCAAAUGUGUUAAAUUAUAGCCACGGUAUAACCAACUCCGGGCUCUAUGCGUUCUCCGGAAAAUCAUGCAACUCCGUGGAAGGUCAGUUCCACUGCUAUCGUGUCGUGGAACACACCUUCCACACUGUUCAUUAUUUUCCAUAGAACCUCGUUGAUUAUCCCUUACAUGACACACCACACUCUCUCUGGUUAUAUCCCAAUUACAUCAACAUUUUAAUCAUUUAGCAGACACUCUUAUCCAGAGAGACUUACAGUAGUGAGUGCAUACAUUUUCACUUUUUUUUCUUUCUCAUAUUGGUCCCCCGUGGGAAUCGAACCCAUAACCCUGGCGUUGCAAGGCCAUGCUCUACCAACUGAGCCACAUGGGACCAAUCAGGAUGAUUGGUCCUAUAUCUCCCCUUCCUCCCAAUGUGUGCACUGGUUCGCUCCCCUUCACUGAUUUAAAAGGACAUGAGUGGUAUAAAGAAAUAUGAUGAAAACGCCCACUAGACCAGGCUUCCACCAAUCCAACGCUUUUAGAUUUGUAGGAAGUAGUGAACGAGUGUACACUUCAGGAGAAAAUAGAUGUUAUUGGGACACAACCUGUCUCUCUCUCUCUCUCUCUGACUCUGACACACACACACACACACACACACACACACACACACACACACACACACACACACACAGUGCUCUCUCUGACUUGCUGUGAACUAGUCCACUAGGCUAAAUCCUGUGAUUCAUGUCAUGGCGUGUCAGUGUGUCAGAGAGAGCAGUGAUCAGAGCUCAUCAUCACCCUGACGCCUUCUCACCCGACCUCUCCUCCCCUCCCCUCCUCUCCCACAACCUGCCUCCUUUGGGUGGAAGUGAAUGGAAGUGUGGGGCUGAUAUAGCAGUUCUGUCAACAUUCCUUCCCCCUGUCCAGUCCUCAUGUCUUCACACCCCACCAACUCUCUGUCCAGUAACUAAUUAAAAACACCCUUCUGCCUGCCUGACCUGAAAAACCCUCUCCCCUGCUUCUCUCUCUCUCACACACACACACACACACACACACACACACACACACACACACACACACACACACACACACACACACACACACACACACACACUCACACACACACACCACUCUUGCCAUAGGUUUCAAGUAGGUCCAAUUCUGCUUGGUGGGAAGACAGAGGGAAGCGUAGAUGCUUGAGAGAGAGAGGGGGAUUAUCAUCCUCCAAUGGUUAUUUAUAGAGAUUAGAGGAAGAAAAAUGUGGCACCCUAUUCCCUAUUGACCCCUGGUCAAAAGCAGUGCGCUAUGUGUGUCAGUGCCGUUUAAGAUGAGGGAGGACAAUUCAUUUUCUUCAUGAGCAUGGCCUUAUUUCUAUUACAGCAUGUUGGAUGACUGUCAUUCAUAUUCCAUUCACCCAGUUCAAUGUAACAUCGAUAGGUUUAGGCUACUACAUGAUACUAACAUUUUCCUUAUACCCAUCAUGGGGUUGCUACAACCUAGCCUAUGAAUGAAAGUUUACAACGUAGGUGCAGACAGUGACACAUUCAAUACCGCCUUGCACACUCUAGCCUGCAUUUAGCUGAUAUACAGUGUAAUCAUUGGUCCAACAGUUGCAAACAAGAGUUUCUAUUGGACAAAUUCAGGUAUGUUUAUCCCCGUUAUGUUCCAUUUGCUUCCGUUUAAGAAACGCUUUUCAACAGAAUCGACGAAUGAAUACACCCCUGAUCACACGUAAACACAGUUCACUUUCAUAGCAGUCACGUUGUAUUCCUUCUCACAUCUAUGCGCUCGCCUCCUCUCACCUUGUCCCUUCGCUUGUGGACUUCAAUGCACAACACAUCAGCUGUAUGUGACCAGGCGAAAAAACCUUUCCAAGCCAAACCGCUACACACAGCCUACAUCGUUGUCACCAUAUUAGCCAAACAUAGCUAAUAGAACUAACGUGUUAGUAAAACCGCUACAAUCAUGCAGUAACGUUACAGUGUACAGCCAGUAAGCAGUUUAGCAGUUACACCGGCGGGCCCCGGUGGCAAUAAAUUAGUAAAACCAAAAGCUUACCUUGACUUGGAAGAGUUCCAGUGUUGUGCUGGAUAGUCAUAGCCAGCUAGCUAACAUAGCAUCCCUCUGUUUGAGCAGGGUGUUUCAGUAGGCUAAACUAGCUAGCUGCAGUAAGUGAAACUGAAAGUGAAAAAGAAAUGAAGAUAUCUCUAUCUCUUGCUUCUCCUUCAUUUAGGAAGAAAUGUAUUUGUUCAAAACUGUUAAACUAUUGUCUUUCUCUUUCUUUGAGUCAACUACUCAACACAUAUUAUGCACUGCAGUUGUCACGACUUCCUCCGAGGCUGCCUCCCCUCCUUGUUCGGGCAGGCUUCGGCGUUCGUCGUCAUCGGCUUACUAACCACUGCCGCUCCAUAUAUCAUCAUUUCAUUUGUCUUGUCUUGUCUAUUACACACACCUGGUUCAUAUCCCCUCAUUAGUACAUGUAUAAGUGUUCCCUCUGCCCCCUUUGUCCUUGUGGGUGAUUGUUUAAUGUGAGGAGAGAGUAGCUCGGUCGAGCUAUGUGUACUUUGUAUUGCCGGGGUAUAGUUUCCCUGUGUGCCUGUUUUGUUCCAGUGCGUUGUUUUGCACACUGGACUGUUUGACGCUAUCCUGCGUAACUCUGUACUACGGAAUAAACUCUGUAUUCUGUGAUUUAACCUCCUGCGCCUGACUCAUUCAAAUCACUUCUCACAGCAGUGCUAGCUAGCUGUAGCUUAUGCUUUCAGUACUAGAUUCAUUCUCUGAUCCUUUGAUUAGGUGGACAACAUGUCAGUUCAUGCUGCAAGAGCUCUGAUAGGUUGGAGGACAUCCUCCGGAAUUUGUCAUAAUUACUGAGUAAGUCUUUGGAAAGGGGUGAGAACCAUGAGCAUCCUAGGUUUUGUAUUGAAGUCAAUGUACCCAGAGGAGGACGGAAGCUAGCCGUCCUCCAGCUACACCAUGGUGCUACCCUACAGAGUGCUGUUGAGAGUACUGUAGACCUUCAUUACAAAACAGUGUGUUUUAUUCAAUUAUUUGGUGACAUUAUAUUUAGUAUAGUUUGAUCUAAAAAGGAUAACUUUUUAAAUGUAAUUCACUGAGGAGGAUGGUCCUCCCCUUCCUCCUCUGAGGAGCCUCCACUCUCUCUGCGCACAUGGCAUUCCAGGGCCUGUAGCUGGGCCCAAGCUUUGCUUUUAGGGAAGAUACACACACAACACACACACACACACACACACACACACACGAAGGGAGAACGACUGCCCCCUCUCAUUGAAGCCACGGAAGUUCAAGGGCGACUGCGGUACUGCAGGCAUUGUUAGCAGAAAAGGGGAUCCCCCAUUAUAGUGAAUGAAAACAUGGCAAUGUUCGUGGUCAAUGUUCGUGGUCAAUGUUCGUGUAAAUAUAUAUUUUUUUCGAAGAUCGUACCAAUAAUUGCUUUUUAAUACACAAGACGUAUAGUCUAUCACAGUGCCAUCCGUUUUGUCACCAAAGCCCCAUAUACUACCCACCAUUGUGACCUGUACGCUCUUGUUGGCUGGCCCUCACUACAUAUUCGUCGCCAAACCCACUGGCUCCAGGUCAUCUAUAAAUCACUUCUAGGCAAAUCCCCGCCUUAUCUUAGAUCAUUGGUCACCAUAGCAACACCCACCCGUAGUAUGCGUUCCAGCAGGUAUAUCUCACUGGUCAUCCCCAAAGCCAACACCUCCUUUGGCCGCCAUUCCUUCCAGUUCUCUGCUGCAAAUGACUGGAACAAACUGCAAAAAUCUCUGAAGCUGGAGACACUUAUCUCCCUCACUAACUUUAAGCAUCAGUUGUCAGAGCAGCUUACCGAUCACUGCACCUGUACACAGCCCAUCUGUAAAUAGCCCACCCAACUACCUCAUCCCCAUAUUGUUAUUUACAUUGUUAUUUAUUUUGCUCAUUUGCACCCCAGUAUCUCUAUUUGCACAUCAUCUUCUGCACAUCUAUCACUCCAUUGUUAAUACUAAAUUGUAAUUAUUUUGCACUAUGGCCUAUUUAUUGCCUUACCUCCAUAACUUACUACAUUUGCACACACUGUAUAUAGAUGUUCUAUUGUGUUAUUGACUGUACGUUUUGUUUUUGUUUAUUCCAUAUGUAACUCUGUGUUGUUGUUGUUUUUAUCGCACUGCUUUGCUUUAUCUUGGCCAGGUUGCAGUUGUAAAUGAGAACUUGUUCUCAACUGGCUUACCUGGUUAAAUAAAGGUUAAAUAAAAAAAAAAAAAAAAAAAAUAAUUGAGUUGCCAAAGGCAGCCUGCAGUACCCCGGUUGGCCUUCAACUUGAGUUACUCAAUAAGAGGGGGCAGCACUGAGCUAGCCUGCAGCGUCACUUCCUGGAGUAGCUCAAACUGCGCAUGUUACACUAUUUAUAUAAAAGUAUGUGGACACCCCUUCAAAUGAGUGGAUUCGGCUAUUUCAGCCACACCUGUUGCUGACAGGUGUAUAAAAUCGAGCACACGCCAUAAUCUCCAUAGACAAACAUUGGCAGUAGAAUGGCCUCACUGAAGAGCUCAGUGACUUUCAACAUGGCACCGUCAUAGGAAGCCACCUUUCCAACAAGUCAGUUCAUCAAAUUUCUGCCCUGCUAGAGCUGCCCCGGUCAACUGUAAGUGCUGUUAUUGUGAAGUGGAAACGUCUAGGAGCAACAACGGCUCAGCCACGAAGUGGUAGGCCACACAAGCUCACAAAACGGGACCACCAAGUGCUGCAGCGCGUAGCGCGUAAAAAUUGUCUCUAAAACACUCACUACCGAGUUCCAAACUGCCUCUGGAAGCAACGUCAGCACAACAACUGUUCGGCUGGAGUGGUGUAAAGCUCGCCGCCAUUGGACUCUGGAGCAGUGAAAACAUGUUCUCUGGAGUAAUGAAUCACGCUUCACCAUCUGGCAGUCCAACAGACAAAUCUGGGUUUGGCGGAUGCCAGGAGAACGCUACCUGCCCGAAUGCAUAGUACCAACUGUAAAGUUUGGUGGAGGAGGAAUAAUGGUCUGGGGUUGUUUUUCAUGGUUCUGGCUAGGCCCCAUAGUUCCAGUGAAGGGAAAUCUUAAUGCUACAGCAUAAUGACAAUAACCCGUGCAAAAAGUGAGAUCAAUACAGAAAUGGUUUGUCAAGAUCGGUGUGGAAGAACUUGACUGGCCUGUACAGAGCCCUGACCUCAACCCUAUCGAACACCUUUGGGAUGAAUUGGAAUGCCGACUGCGAGCCAGGCCUAAUCGCCCAACAUCAGUGCCCGACCUCACUAAUGCUUGUGGCUGAAUGGAAACAAGUCCCCGUAGCAAUGUUCCAACAUCUAGUGGAAAGCCUUCCCAGAAGAGUGGAGGUUGUUAUAACAGCAAAGGGGGGACCAUGAUUUUGGAAUUAGAUGUUUGAUGAGCAGGUGUCCACAUACUUUUGGUCAUGUAGUGUAUGUCUCCAUGGGGCUUAAUUUGGCCUCAAUGUGCUAUUGAGUCUUCACAUAGCAAUGGGAUCAGUGGUUUUGACCAGUUAUAUAAACGUUCAUUGACACAUUCUCUUUUUCCUCACACACCGUUAGCCUGGCCACCACUCUCCCCCUCCUCUAGUUAGCCUGGCCACCACUCUCCCCCCUCCUCCAGUUAGCCUGGCCACCACUCUCCCCCCUCCUCUAGUUAGCCUGGCCACCACUCUCCCCCCUCCGCUAGUUAGCCUGGCCACCACUCUCCCCCCUCCUCUAGUUAGCCUGGCCACCACUCUCCCCCCUCCUCUAGUUAGCCUGGCCACCACUCUCCCCCCUCCUCUAGUUAGCCUGGCCACCACUCUCCCCCCUCCUCUAGUUAGCCUGGCCACCACUCUCCCCCCUCCUCUAGUUAGCCUGGCCACCACUCUCCCCCCUCCUCUAGUUAGCCUGGCCAUCACUCUCCCCCCUCCUCUAGUUAGCCUGGCCACCACUCUCCCCCCUCCUCUAGUUAGCCUGGCCACCACUCUCCCCCCUCCUCUAGUUAGCCUGGCCACCACUCUCCCCCCUCCUCUAGUUAGCCUGGCCACCACUCUCCCCCCUCCUCUAGUUAGCCUGGCCAUCACUCUCCCCCCUCCGCUAGUUAGCCUGGCCACCACUCUCCCCCCUCCGCUAGUUAGCCUGGCCACCACUCUCCCCCCUCCGCUAGUUAGCCUGGCCACCACUCUUCCCCCCUCCUCUAGUUAG